AACAUGUGCAGUCGAAAUCUGAUCGCGAUCGCGCGGACUUCAAUGUCAUAUGUAGUUAGAGGUGAUUUUAAUCGAUAAAAAUGAAACUCGUGGUAUUGUUAACUAUACUUUACAUCGGAAUAUGCAGUUGUCAUAACUCACACAAACCGAGCCGUCCCGAUAGAGAUGAUGCUUUAACUAAAUAUGACAUGGUUAUGGCUUUUGCGGUUUUUCGACAUGGCGACCGGACCCCAGACCACGAGGAGCUUAAUAAAUAUCCAAACUUCAAAUUGGAAAAAGAUAUAUUCUUUCCUUUCGGAAAGAAGGCUUUAACAAACAGAGGAAAGGAAAGAGCGUAUCGCGUGGGUCAAUAUUUGAGGAAUCGAUACGAUGGAUUAAUUUCGAAGCUCUAUCUUCCUGAAGAGGUUCACGUACAGACGACAGACUACGCUCGGACUAAAAUGUCAGUAUUGGUGGCUCUGUCUGCUCUGUACCCGCCACAGGCCAUGCAGAGGUGGAACCCUCGUCUGAACUGGCAGCCAAUACCGUACGACACGCCUCAACGAGAUAACGACAGUCUACUGCAUUUUCUUAACUGUCCAGGUUAUUCGCAAUUGAAGAUCCAAUUGUAUGAUUUGCCAGAGGUUCAAUCGUAUAUGCAAGCAUCCAAAGGUUUCUUCAAAACAUUAACGGAAGAAUCUGGAUAUAAUUUUACCACUCCGGAGGAAGUUUUCAUGUUGGACAACUUAUUCCAGGCUUUGAAUAAUGUAGAUGUACCCACUCCACAAUGGGCGCAGAAAAUUAUGCACCAAAUUAAAGAAACGACUAAAUUAGAGUACUCGGUAAUGUAUUACACCGACGAAUUAAAGAGAAUAGCAGUAGGAGGAAUAUUAACAGACGUUGUAGAGGCAACAAAAGCAAAGAUAGCUGGUGAUAACAAUCAACCUAAGCUUUUCUUAUAUUCUGCCCAUGAAGACAACGUAGCUUCAAUAUUAUCAGCGUGCAAGGCGUUCGUUCCUCACCAGCCUAAAUACGGUUCUACAGUUUCUUUGGAAUUGUGGAGAAAUCGUGAAACAGGAAAAUAUGGAUUCAUGGUUGUAUACGCCCCAGAAAUCGGAGGCAGACCACAAGCAUUGCCAGUGGCAGGCUGCGGCGGCGGAAUGAUUUGCGACUACGACACUUUUCUUGAUAUAACCAAAGAUUAUUUACUACCACACAGUGAAUACAAACAGCAUUGUACUAUAGCUUAGACUAGAGUAAAUGAAUUUUAUAUGCAGAAACUUUUACAGACAAGAAAGUUUAAGACCAAUAUAACCAUAGGAAACCAUCUGGGUAUCACCUGGUAAUCACCAUCUUUGAUGCGUGAAUAAAGGCUGUUGUAAUAAAAUAUUAGUUGAAAAAAAGUAAUGAUACAUAAUAGGUAGUUAAUAGACAUAGAAACACACAACGCAUACCUAGUACUAUAUUGAAGGAUAAGAAACAAUAAUAAAUUGGCUGUGAUUUGUA